AUGUUUGGGAUAUUUAGUCUGUGGAGUACCUUCAACAAUGUGGUCUUCUAUCUCACCCUUGCCGUCAGCCUGGCGGGGCUGGUGGGCAACGGGCUGGUGCUCUGGCACCUCGGCCUGCACAUCACCAAGGGCCCCUUCAACGUGUACCUGCUGCACCUGGCCGCCGCCGACUUCCUGUUUCUCGCCUGCCAGUUGGGCUUCUCCGUUGCCCAGAUGGUGCAGGGCUCCGGCAGCGACAACCUGGGCUUCGCCGUCACCUUCCUGUGGUUCGCCGCGGGGCUGUGGCUGCUGGCCGCCCUCAGCACCGACGGCUGCCUCACCCACAUGCUCGCCGUCUGCUCCCUGGCCAGCUGCCGGCCCAAGCACACCUCCACCGUGCUCUGCGUCCUCGUCUGGGGGCUGACCGCGCCGGCCGUGCUGCUGCCCGCCCACGCCUGCGGCCUGCUGCGCUCCAGCGCGCGCCUGCUCACCUGCCUCCGCUACCACGUGGCCAGCAUCACCUGGCUGGCCACGCUGGCGGGCGCGGCUUGCGGGACCAACCUGGUUCUCUUCGUCUGGGUGACCUGCUGCUCCCUACAGCGGCCGUUCAAGCUGUACCGCCUGGUCCAGAGCUCGGGGAUUCUGCUGUUCUUCUGCCGCCUGCCCAUGGUCCUCUACUGGAGCCUGCGGCCGCUCCUGAACUUCCUGUUCCCCUUCUUCCCGCCGCUGGCCGUCCUCCUGGCCUGUGUGGACAGCAGCUGCAAGCCUCUCCUGUACUUCCUGGUGGGCCGGCGGCCUGGCACGCGGGAGCCGCUGCGGGUGGUCCUGAACAGGGCCCUGGGGGAGAAGGCCCAGCUGAACCUCGGGGGGCUGUCCCUGCCCAUGAGCCACAUGUAA